AUGCCUUUAACACAUCCGAAUAUAACAAUUAUUCUUGCUUAUAUUGUUAUUGGAUUAGCUUUAAGUGCAAUUAUAUUUAUUGUACUUUCAAUAAGUACUACUCAUUGGAUACAUACAAUACAUAUGCGAGCUGGAUUUUGGAAACUGUGUCAUUUACAACCAUUGGCAUGUUUUCAUUCUGUUUUACGUUCGCCAGCUGCUUUAUCAUUAACUGGACUGUUUUUAAUUGUUAUCGAAUCUGACAAUAAAGAUUUGUCUAUUGAUAUGUCAACAAAAUUAUUAAAUAAAAUAUCUGGUCUAUCAUCAUCAACUAUUUUAUUAAGUGAUUCACCAUCAUCAUUAAAAGAAUCUGGACAAACAGCAGUUAAUAAACGUGUUGUUAAAUCAUGUUUUUUCUCCACAGUUAUAUUUUCAAUAAAUUUUAUUUCAUCAAUUCUUGUUAUUAAUUUAGCGAAAUGGAUUUAUGUUAAACAUCAUUUUCCUAAUUUAACAUUAACAACAUUAAAUUUUUUUGUAACUUUUUUUCUUUUGAUUGCUUGUAUGCAAGCAAAAGUAUUUACUUAUGCUAAAUUACCAAUUUUUAAUAUGAUUCCUGUAUCCGCCUGUUUUGGUGGCUUUAUCGCAUUCAGUAAUCUUUCACUUCAAUAUAAUACUGUUGGUACAUAUCAACUUAUUAAAUUGCAAGUAACACCAACUGUGAUGGUGAUUAGUUGGUUAUUUUUUAAAGCACACUAUCCAUUACCAAUUGUAAUUUCAUUCAUUCCGGUUUUUGUUGGAACAUUAAUUAGUACUUAUUAUGAUUUACAAUUGAAUGUAUUUGGUCUUUUUUGUGCUGUUACAUCUGUAGUAUUUACUGCUAUGUAUCAAAUACUUGUUGAGUAUUAUCAAAAAGCAUACAAUUGUGAUUCAUUACAGUUAUUAUUUUAUCAAGCUCCACUUUCUGGUCUAUUACUAUUAUUUUUUGUACCAUUUUUUGAACCAAUAUCGGAUUUAGAUAAAUUUAUGACAACUGAUAUUAUUUUUUUAAUAUUACUUUGUGGUGUUGUUGCAUUUUUUGUUAAUUUUAGUAUUUUUUGGGUUAUUGGAAAUUUAUCAGCUGUUGCAUAUAAUAUGAUUGGACAUUCGAAAACAUUAUUAAUUAUAUUUAUUGGUUCAUUUAUAUUUCAUGAACCACUUAAUCAAAGGCAAAUAUUUGGUUUAUGUUUUACAAUGCUUGGAGUUUUUCUUUAUACAUAUUUUAAAUAUAUUAGAAAAGCAGAUAAAUAA